GUCAUUUCCAUCCUCUUGGUGCGCACCAAGUGAUCAUUCUGAUGUUGCAGAUACUCUUGACUAUCAAUGUCGACCCAUAUUAGCCCGAUAACCACACCAGUGGAGGGGAAGGAGUUCGCCUGUUCUUUUUGCCACCGGGAAUUUCGGCGCUUGGAGCAUUUGCAACGACACACGCGAAGACACACUCAUGAAAAACCGUUUAGCUGCUCCUGCGGCGCUGCUUUCUCCAGGCGGGACUUGUUAAGACGUCAUGAACGCAUGAUACACGGCCUCUUUAACAAUGCGUCACAGGAAUCGGCAAAUGGACCUAGACUGACAGAUCUACACGCCCAUUCUGCGGCCUAUAAUCAUCUUUCACCCCGCGGCCAGAGUAGUCGCUACAUUGAACAUCCUUCUAUUGGGCUCUCCCUACCAGCACAGUCCCGGGCUCGAGUCCACACAAGAGCCCAACAAGGUUCAGUAGCCGAAUCGACUCCUCUUCGUAGCCGUUUUGCAGAGCUCGAUCAAUUACUCGGAGCACAGGAUGAAAGUCUACUCGACGAAAGCCCCGACGAUAGUCGUCACAUCUCCGAGGGUGCUAAUUAUUAUGCUGGCUCGAUUAUUACUCCACCAGUGGAGGUAGACCUCCCAGUGAUUGCUGAUACCAACCGACAAAACAUACAACAUCCACAUCAGCAAGCUACGAUUCUUCCUGCCCCGCCAAUAGCUUUAGGAGCCCAAAUCGUGCCUCAUGUUUCUCACCCGAUUGUGACCGAAUAUCAUAGAGAUAGACUCCUUCAAGCACUAAACGAGUCAACGCCGCGGGGUGUUACUCUCCCCUCGAGUGAUGCUCUGACCCGGUUUCUAGCUGGUUAUUUCACUGGAUUCUAUCCCCACAUGCCCUUCACACAUGCCCCCACAUUCAAGGUUGAGUCAUGCUCAAUUGAAUUAUGCCUGGCUAUGUUUGCUCUUGGUGCCGCCAAUCGCUACGAAUACUCCUCCGCGGUUAAGCUCUUCUAUCUGUCGAAGGUCACACUCAUGGAUCGCCAGCGCCACCGGACAUGUGCCACAAUAGAGAGGUUGGCAGGUCGAGAAGAAAGCAACUCAGUUCCAGACAGAGACUAUCUCGAUGAGCUACGUUGUUUGCUCUGUCUGGGCUGGUUUUCCACAUGGCAAAAGGAAAAGGAUCUAAGGGAAGAGUCACUCAUGCUUCGUGGAGCUCUAGCCCAGACUCUAAGAUUGAGUGGCUUGGGGGAAAUGCCCCAUUCACAAGUGUCGUGGGAAACGUGGACCCGACAAGAAACAGCGAGGCGAACGAAAUUACUUGCGUUUUGCUUUUUGAAUAUCCAAAGCAUUGCAUUUGAUUUGCCGCCAAUCAUAUGGAGUCACGAAUUGAAUGUGCGGCUGCCAUGCGCCUGCCCAGAGUGGACCGCACCGGAUUCAACUACCUGGAACCUACUGAGAAACAAUAUUCCUUGUCAACAGGGUAACUUCCAGGAUGGCCUAGGCAGCCUGCUGAAGGGAGAGCAUGAACAUCCAGAACAUUUUGUCCCUACCCCGGUUGCCAACUAUGUGCUUUUACAUGGUUUGAUCCAAGGCAUUCUAUGGACUCCCACGUUUCCCAAGGUUAUGAGCCGCAUACCACCCGCUGACAAUGAAGCGCUGUUCAGAAAUGCCCUUCGCAGAUGGACGAUAUUCUGGCAACGGACCCCAGAGUCAAACCUGGAACCACUAGAUCCAAACGGUCCAUUACCAUUUACCUCUAGCUCUUUGUUAAGUCUUGCUUAUAUUCGUAAUUGCUCCUGCAUUACAGGCUUAAAAUCACGGAACCUUGAAUCCUGGGACAGUAUCGAUAUUGCCAAAACCCUUGAUGCAGCGCCGCCCGGUAAUCGGGAAUGGAACGAGUUACUGGCAGCGCAACAUGCUAGCCAUAUUUUAGCAAUAUUAACGAAGCUUGGUAUUCAAUAUGUGAAAAAUAAUCAGGCACUGGUUUGGAAUAUCGAAGCGGCAUUGUGUGGAUUUGAGUGUGCAAUUUUCCUAAGGAAAUGGCUGCGGGGGCUUGAAGCAAGUGUCGACGAUAAGCCAUUGUCUGAGCCGGAACAGCUGCUCCUACAUUGGAUUCAAGAUAUUAUGAGUGAAGGUCUUACAUCCAUAGGUCGUCAAGGCGAGGCAAGCAACCUGUCUCAGCUGAAUAUUCUGGCUGAUCGAGUUGUUGAGGUCUGGUCAGAUAUCAUGAGGGGUAAUUCUCCUUGGACAUUUAUCGGUAUGUUAGGGGAGGUUCUGGUCGAAUACAGGAGAGCUUGAAGCGGCUUAAUACUGAG